AUGUGGAGUGAGCCACUUGCUGGUGAGGCCUCGACGGACCCUGGCUUGUGCGUGCUGUUCGUCCUCUACGCUUCGCCUUUGGCAAAUUACUUGCCGAUAGACUUUGAGUCGGAGAUUGACCGCAUCGUGUGCAGCGCGAGGGAUUCUGGAAGACUGCAGACCGGGCAGGUCCGACUCAAUGUUGGCACGGCUUCCUCUUCCUCGUUGACUAAGCUGCUGACGCUGUCGCACGCGCAAAGGAGCGGCCUCAUCCUGCAUUUAGCAGCCCAUGGCGACGAGGCUGGUGGUCUCAUUCUGGAGAGCACGAAGGGAACAGGAGAAGUCCAUAGCUGCAGCCAUGAGAAGCUCAGAAAGAUCUUGAACGUGGGGGGACGUGGCCUGCGUGGUGUUUCUCUGGUCUUCCUGAGUUCCUGCAGCUCAAAGAAACUUGCACAAGUCUUUAUCGACUGCGGCUGUCAGCACGUUAUCGCGACAAACAGGACAGUUCUCGAUGCCACCGCGCGAGCUUUCACUGAGCGCUUCUACGGUGCCCUUUUCGUUGGGAAGUCGAUUGCAUCAGCUUUCGAGCACACGAAGGAAGCGCUGCUCGCCAGUUCGCACCCCGAGGUGGCAGAUCAGUCGAAUGCUUUCCUCUUGCUCACGAACCAUGACAGACUGGAAGGCGGCGACUGUCCGUGCACCGGCGAGGGCGAUGGGUCGUGGCAGCUCAUGGAGUGUCUAGAGAGGCCGUCGUCGGUUCUCAGCCAACGCGACACCGAUAUCGAGGGCUUCCAGGAGGCAUGCAGCUUCCAGGACAAGCUGACGUUCCUCCCGCCCCAGGUGGAAGACUUCUUUCGUCCACCGGUCAUGCAGCAGGUCUUGAUGCUUCUUCGUAACCGUCGAGCCUGUGCUCUACAUGGCCCGGAGGGCAUCGGGAAGACCGCACUGGGUGUGGAAAUCGCCCGAUUUGCUGCGAGUCCGGGCAGGCUGUUUUCAAGCAACGUGCUCCACGUCCAACUGGAUCAGAAAAGCAGAGCUGUCAAGACUGUCAAGGAGUGCGUCGACUUUUUCAUGGCCAGGGCUGGACCAUGCUCGGUGGCAGAAGCGCCGGAGGGUAACAGCCGCUGUGUAGUUUGGCAGCUCUAA